UUCUGCUGCUUUGUUGACAUUAUUUGUUCAAUAGGAAUAGUUUGUUGGGUUAAUCGUUUUUAUUUUCAACGGCGAUUAUUUAAAUAUGUGAUGUUUGUUGGCAACUUCACGCAUAUGCCUUUAAGAUGCGGUAAUUCAAAUGAGAUUAUUGAAUGGAGCCUACAUGCAGCUACAGAACUGGGUUUUCCGCAUCAAAUGUCCCCCACGCCCUUCUCGUCUUGGCCCUCUGUUGCCCUGAACACGGGGCUUCAGAUGCCCCUCCUGGGUCUGGGGACCUACAAGCUGUGUGGCCCUGAAGAUGUGCGUCGGGCUGUGGACGCUGCUCUGGCUGCCGGAUACAGAGCCUUUGACAGUGCAGCCGUCUACCGCAAUGAAGCUGACUUAGGCAAAGCUCUGAGAGAGCUCCUUCCCAAAUAUGGCUUGACUAGAGAAGAUGUGUUCAUAACCAGUAAGUUGGGACCUAAGGACCAGGGUGAAAAGGCCAUGGAGGGUGCCCUCCACAGUUUGGCCCAGCUGGACCUGGGGUACAUUGAUCUCUACCUGAUCCACUGGCCCGGCACUCAGGGAUUGCCGGUGGCUGACGAGCGCAACCCAGGUAACCGAGCUCAGAGCUGGGCCAGCCUGGAGGAGCUGCACGGUCAGGGGAAGCUGAAGGCCAUCGGCGUCUCCAACUACACAGCGGCACACAUGACAGCCCUGAUGCAAAGCUGUAAAGUCCCUCCCGCAGUCUUACAGGCGGAGUUCCACCCACGGCUGUGCCAGCCUGAGCUAAGGAGUCUGUGUGCGCAGUACGGCGUCUGUUUCCAAGCAUACUCCUCUUUAGGAAAAGGAGAGCUGCUCGCUGACCCGGUGAUCCUGGAGGUGGCCAAGAACUGCGAACGCACACCCGCACAGGUUUUGUUACGCUGGGCGGUGCAGCAGGGCGUCCCGGCGCUCCCCAAAUCCUCCAACCCAGAGCGGAUAAUGCGGAACGCCGAGGUGUUUGACUUCACCCUGAGCGACGCGGACAUGGACAGGCUGUCGGCUCUGGACUGCGGUCACAGGUUCUGCUGGGAUCCCUCUGAGGUGGCCUGAGACGGCAGCCGUGCGAACAGGAGAUCCUCCCUGAUGCGCCGGGUUUUAAAAACUUCAACAGGAGUAGAAACUGAGACGUGGGGCGUAAAAAUGAAGCCUUUAAAGCAGCGAUCAAGUUGUUUUCUUUAUAUUUUUCCCUGAUGCCAUAAUGUAUCGAGCCUAUUCGGUCAGUGCUGUUUUUAUUUUUGCUUUAUCGUUUCUUAUAUCUCAUAUCUCCGUUUGUUCAAGUAUCAACAGGGUUCCUACACGUUUUCAGCCUUCAUAGGUCCAGAGUUUAUCAAAACGUCACAUUUUUUGGUGAGAUUCUGCUCUUUGCACCUCUCAUCCAGACAGAAACGCAGCUUUCACAGAGAUUUUCACCAACUAAUUUUUCUACUGUCACUUCCUGAGCUACAACACAAUAGAACCUUCAUGGGUUCACGUGGAUCUCGCUUGUUGAAAACAUUAUUGUGGGCUGAAAAUAAACCACUGGAACGCCAACAGGCAUUUA